AUGACACAUGCUGAGCUCUCCCCCGAGAGGAUGCCGUAUUAUCUAUCUGAGGAUAACACCGACCCAAGCCUCAACGUCGCCUAUCUGAAAGAUGCGUACGAUCUGCUGCACCACACUCUGAAGAACGAGCCCAGAGCAAAGGUAGACCUAAAUUCCUUGCCUUACAGCUGCACAAUCAUUGAUUAUGGCAUGCGCACUGGAAUUUGGUCGGUUGAAAUUGCAGAGUGCGUAAGGGACUUGCAUGGUCGAGUGGUGGGUUACGACAUUACCGACUUGCACCCGCCAAUGGACAAACUUCCGGAAAAUUUGACCAUUGCUAUAGGAGACGACGAAAAUGUGUGGCGCAAAGGCAGUCCCUACGACAUCAUUCACGCGCGAGUCGUCGAGAGCAUCGUAGAUUGGCAGGACUUCCCUAAAAUUGCCUACAACAAUCUCAACCCGGGUGGUUGCUUGAUCGUCGAAAUGGUUGAUCUUAUGCCUUGCGGCGAUGAGCAGAGGUCUUUUCCAGCAGACUCGGCUCUCAAGGCCUGGGCAGAGAAGUUC